UCAAUCUUAUCACCAGGCGCGGCGAGCAUCGCAAUUAUCGCGGUUGCGUAAAAUACAUAUGAUUAAUCCGUUAUAGAGGCGAAUUUGUGUUCGCUCGUAAUGAGGCUUUGAAGUCCAUCCGUGCAUAACAACGCUACCAAAACAUAAUUAUAUACCACAGGAUAUUCACAUUAAACCGAUGCUCAGUUACAGCAGGUGGCGUUGCUUGUAGGCUAUAAUUGCGUAUGGAUACGGUUUUUGGAUUGGAUCUGCCUGUUCUUCAAACGCCAAGGAAUCAUUGAGAAAGGUCGAAUCAACCCUUGCUUUGCUUGGGGCAAUGUGCGUCUGGAUGACAACUACAUCAACAAGCACGGUAGCACUGGACUAAAGAUAUAACUACCCAAUUCCUUCUCUCUCAGUUUGAGCCUCUCGCGCCCGCUAGCACCAUGGGUAACCGGGGAAUGGAGGACUUGAUCCCGUUGGUCAACAAGCUUCAGGACGCUUUCAGCGGCAUCGGUCAGAGCUGCAAUCUUGACCUGCCACAGAUCGCGGUAGUCGGCGGACAGAGCGCUGGCAAGAGCUCCGUGUUGGAGAACUUCGUUGGCAGGGACUUCCUGCCCCGAGGCUCUGGGAUCGUCACCCGCAGGCCCCUUGUCCUGCAGCUCAUCAGCGCCAAUGCAGAAUGGGCAGAGUUCUUGCACUGCAAAGGGAAGAAGUUCACAGAUUUUGACGAGGUUCGCCAGGAGAUUGAGGCAGAGACUGACCGCAUUACCGGGGCCAAUAAGGGCAUCUCUCCCGUCCCCAUCAACCUGCGCGUCUACUCCCCACAUGUGCUGAACCUGACCCUGAUCGACCUGCCAGGCAUCACCAAGGUGCCGGUGGGGGACCAGCCAGUGGACAUUGAGCAGCAGAUCAGAGACAUGAUCAUGCAGUUCAUCUGCAGGGAGAGCUGUCUCAUCCUGGCUGUCACCCCGGCCAACUCUGACCUGGCAAACUCCGACGCCCUCAAACUGGCCAAAGACGUCGACCCCCAGGGCCAGCGGACCAUAGGAGUGAUCACCAAGCUGGACCUGAUGGAUGAGGGAACAGAUGCCAGGGAGGUCCUGGAGAACAAGCUGCUGCCCCUGAGGAGAGGUUACAUUGGAGUGGUGAACCGCAGUCAGAAGGACAUUGAUGGGAAGAAGGACAUCAAGAUGGCUAUGGCUGCUGAGAGGAAGUUCUUCCUGACUCACCCGGCCUACAGACACAUGGCCGAAAAGAUGGGCACCCCGUGCCUGCAGAAAGUCCUCAACCAGCAACUGACCAACCACAUCCGUGACACGCUGCCAGCGUUCCGUAGCAAGCUGCAGACCCAGCUGCUGUCUCUGGACAAGGAGGCCGAGGAGUACCGAGGAUACCGCCCUGAUGACCCGGGACGGAAGACCAAGCAACUGCUGCAGAUGGUGCAGCAGUUCUCAGUGGACUUUGAGAAGCGUAUCGAGGGCUCUGGGGACCAAGUGGAUACUGUAGAGCUCUCUGGUGGAGCCAAGAUCAACCGCAUCUUCCACGAGCGAUUCCCCUUCGAGCUGGUGAAGAUGGAGUGUGAUGACAAGGAGAUGCGGCGGGAGAUCAGCUACGCCAUCAAGAACAUCCAUGGUAUCAGGACUGGCCUGUUCACUCCAGACAUGGCAUUUGAGGCCAUCGUGAAGAAGCAGAUAGUGAAGAUCAAGGAGCCGUGUAUCAAGUGUGUGGACAUGGUCAUUCAGGAGCUGAUCAACACCGUGCGCCAGUGUACCAACAAGUUGGAUUGCUUCCCCAGACUGCGUGAGGAAACCGAGAGAAUUGUGACCUCACACAUCCGAGACAGAGAGAGCAGGGCAAAGGACCAGGUGUUGCUGCUAAUCGAUGUCCAGCUCUCGUACAUCAACACUAACCACGAGGACUUCAUAGGCUUUGCUAAUGCACAGCAGAGCAGCAAGCAGAGUAACAAGCAGAGCAGCGCUGCGAGCCAGGUCAGCCAGGUAAUCCGUAAGGGCUGGCUGACCAUCAACAACAUCAGCAUAAUUAAAGGCGGGGCUAAGGAAUACUGGUUUGUCCUGACCGCUGAGAGUCUGUCCUGGUUCAAGGAUGAUGAGGAGAAGGAAAAGAAAUACAUGCUCCCUCUGGACAACUUGAAGGUGCGCGACGUGGAGAAGGGGUUCAUGUCCAGCAAGCAUGCCUUUGCCAUCUUCAACACAGAACAAAGGAAUGUGUACAAGGACAAUCGUUUCCUGGAGCUGGCCUGUGACACUCAGGACGAGGUGGACAGUUGGAGGGCUUCUCUCUUGCGCGCUGGAGUCUACCCCGAAAGGUCUUCUAAUGUGGAAAGUGAGGGAGGCGGCGCAUCGUCCUCGUCCCAGGACAACUUCUCCAUGGACCCUCAGCUGGAGCGGAAAGUGGAAACCAUCCGGAACCUGGUCGACUCCUACAUGGCCAUCGUCAACAAGUGCAUCCGUGACCUCAUGCCCAAGACCAUCAUGCACCUCAUGAUUAGUAAUGUGAAGGACUUCAUCAACGCGGAGCUGCUGGCCCAGCUGUACUCGGCCGAGGACCAGGGUGCCCUGAUGGAUGAGUCCCAGGAGCAGGUCCAGAGGAGGGACGAGGUCCUCAGGACCCACCAGUCCCUGAAGGAGGCCCUGGCCAUCAUAGGAGACAUCUCCACCACCACCAUCUCCACCCCCAUGCCCCCGCCCGUGAACGACUGGCGCGGUGGAGGCGGAAACAGGUCUCCUCCAACCAGCCCCACUGGUUCCAGGAGGAUGUCAUCAGGCCAACGCCCUAGUCCCGGAGGAGGGCGAGGGGCUCCACACCCUCCUAACCGCCCAGGACCCCUGGGGCCCUUCAACAACAGUGCUGACAGCCCCCAGAUCCCCAGCCGCCCCAACCGGGCCCCUCCCAACAUCCCCAGUAGGCGACCCCCUCCUUCUCCAACAAGAAAUAUCCCCCCAUCAUAAGCCAUGAGCUUGCCAUCUCUAAUGGGACUAGUGUUCAUCUCCUAGCUCAUCCUCCAGUGCUCAUCCUUCCCCUAUCCUCCCCAAGCCCCUCUAUCUCUCUCCUUGGUCUUUACCCCCACCCCAGUGCAGACAUUGAACCCUUUGCCCUCUGACCUCAGGCCAGGUGACGAUCAAUGUCCAUGUAUUUAUGUACAGUAUGGUGCUUGUCUUGUGGUGUGUAUAUAUCUCUAUGUGCGCUUGUGCUCGCCUGUGGUCCAGGUUUUCUUAGCAGAUUCAGUUCCGACUGGGUUCCAGACCCUAGAACUUCCAUCUCCCUUAACUAGAACACAACCUGCGUAGAACCCCUCCACCCCAUCUGCUGCUUCUCUACAUAUCUAUGAUCAGCAGUGGCACUGCCCUACCCAUUCCAAAUGCGGCAUGGCACAUAGGCUGCUUUUGCUGCACGUGCUUGUGUGUAUGUGGGAGGUGGAAAAAUUGGCAUAUAUAUAUAUAUAUUUCUGUAUGUUUUUGCCUAGGUGUUCUUCUCUAAGAGACGAAAGGGUGUGUGUGAGAGAGUGUAAGUGUGCCUGUGUCAACCCCUUGUGCAUGUAUUGUCUGUCUGCACGUUUGUUGCUGUUUUUAAGUUUGAUUUGUUUUCAUGGCCCAAGCUGUUAAUAAAUCAAGACCCUUGAGAGUAAUUUGAUGUUGGAUCGUUGUGUGAUUUUUGUUCCUGUGUUGUAGUAGCAGCCGCAGCAGCCGAUACACAUAUAACAAGGCUGAGGACAAGUACCAACAGUGUAUUGUUUCACACACAACCGCCGCAAUAAAUGCACUUAACCCUGUCAAUGGAGUCUGGUAUGCCUGUACCUGCUGUAUCGGUGGGCAUCUUCCUCGCGCCUUCUUUUUUUUUUUUUUUAAGCUCAAACUCAGAGGCUGGCUGGAAAGAUGGAGGGAGGCUAUUCCCAACACAAAGACAGACAGACACAAGUUCACCGAUAUUACUUCGCCUACCACAAUUAUGGGGAUACACAUAUCCCUGUAUGACUGAGAACAUGGUGACAUGUUCCAUUUAGCCUUUUCUUCGGGUUGGGUUGAAGCCCUCCCAUGUUCCUGACAGAUCACAGGUCACUUCAGAACUCUCUCUCUAUGUGUAAAACCUUUUCUCCUCUCACUCACCACCUCUCCAUUUCCUCUCCUUCCCCAGUCCUGAGUCCAGUCAGCCGCUGUGCCAGAGCUUAAGGUGGAUUUGUCUAAAGUGUUCUCUGUCAGUAUGUUAUUGUGUAUGUGGGCCUGUCCUCUUUUGAAACUGUUUUCUGCUGCGUGUGUGUGUGUGUGUGUGUGUGUGUAUAUACACAUACAAACAUAGGUAUGAUUGAGAACGGUUGACUAUAAUGACCUUGUUACAAUCUAGCACUCUCCGUGUCUCUAGUAGCAUCUCACUCUACUUCUUUAUCUGGAAAUUAGACCACUUCAAUGGCAUGAUUUUACAAGUCUGUCUUGCUAAUGGUAGAGGAAAUAAUACAAUAUCAAGCAGAAUAUCAACGAACGGUAUGAAGAUAUCUUGCCUGUAGGAGGGUAUAGAUAGACCUAAGGAGUAAUUGGGGAAUUGAGUUGCAACAACGGUGGUUAUUUUAUUUGUGUGUCUCUCUAAAAUAAACUCUCUCCCCUCUCACUUUC